AGUAGGAAGAAAAAGUAUUCUUUCUCCAUAUUUGUUUCUCCUUCUUCCAUCGUCGCCGCAGUCGCACGUCCGAUCGCUACCGGCUGCGCUACCGUUCUUCUUCUUCUUCUCUCUUAUCUCCCUUGCGCCACCAAACGGCACCUACACACCGACCUCCAUUUCUGAUUUCUCUUCUUCUAUCCUAUCUUCCUCUCUGUAUUGCCGGCACGCCUCCACGACAACCCCGUCUUCUGCUGCAGCUCUCCAUCAAUCGGUCGAAUUCUAUCUGGGUCCGAACACAGGGUAAGAGAUUUCAGCGCCAAUGGCUUUUGGAAGCGUCUCGUUCCCAUCUACAGCUCCCAUUUCUCAUGUUCAAAGAUUUCAAGACUUGCAGUCCUUUGGUGGAAUAAACCACGUUAAACCAUACUCGUCAACUGGCCUUGUUUCUGAGUUAGCCUCAAACUGCAAAGCUAGUAAACUGUUUUUGGGCACCAGGGGUUCAUUCCAAACAAGAGCCACAGUGAUAUCUGGAGAAGGAGGAAUUUUGUCUUCUUCCAAUGGCAAUGCUGUAGUGGCGAACAAUAUCAAUAGUUUUCCCAUUGAUGAAGAUGAAUAUGAUUUUGAUCGUCCAACAGAAGGUUUUGCUUCUGUAGCCGAUGCCGUUGAAGAUAUUUGCCAGGGGAAGAUGGUGCUUGUCGUUGAUGAUGAGGAUAGAGAAAACGAGGGAGAUUUGAUAAUGGCAGCACAAGCUGCAACUCCUGAGGCCAUGGCUUUCAUUGUAAAGCAUGGAACAGGAAUUGUUUGUGUGGCCAUGAAAGGUGACGAUCUGGAGAGGUUACAGAUUCCACUUAUGGUGAACGAAAAGGAGAACGAGGAGAAACUUUGUACCGCUUUUACUGUGACAGUGGAUGCAAGAGAAGGUACAACCACGGGAGUCUCAGCUACUGAUAGGGCAGCAACAGUAUUGGCACUUGCAUCAAGAGAUUCAAAACCUUAUGAUUUUAAGCGGCCAGGCCAUAUAUUUCCCCUCAAGUACAGGGAAGGUGGUGUUUUGAAGAGAGCUGGGCAUACUGAAGCAUCUGUCGAUCUUGCAAUGCUUGCUGGAUUAGAACCGGUUGGUAUCCUUUGUGAGGUAGUUGAUGAAGACGGUUCCAUGGCUAGGUUACCAAAACUUCGUGAGUUCGCCAAACAGGAAAACUUGAAAAUCAUCUCCAUUGCUGAUUUAGUCAGAUUUAGGAGGAAGAGGGAUAGAUUAGUUGAACGUGCUGGGGAUGCUGCUCGCAUGCCGACUACAUGGGGUCCAUUUCAGGCAUAUUGCUACAGAUCUAUUUUGGAUGGAAUUGAGCAUAUUGCAAUGGUUAAGGGUGAUAUUGGUGAUGGACAAGAUAUCCUAGUGAGGGUACACUCGGAAUGCCUCACUGGAGAUAUUUUUGGAUCAGCUAGAUGCGACUGUGGGAACCAGCUUGCUCUAGCGAUGCAACUGAUCGAGGCAGAAGGCAGGGGUGUCUUGGUUUACCUUCGUGGACAUGAAGGACGGGGCAUAGGUUUGGGCCACAAACUUCGUGCAUAUAACUUGCAAGACGCUGGGCGAGAUACUGUCGAAGCCAACGAGGAACUAGGAUUGCCCGUGGAUUCUCGUGAAUAUGGCAUAGGUGCACAGAUUCUAAGGGAUCUUGGGGUGAGAACAAUGAAACUAAUGACAAACAACCCAACAAAGUACAAAGGCCUAAAGGGUUAUGGCUUAGAAGUCUCAGGUAGAGUUCCCCUGAUAACCCCAAUUACAAAGGACAACAAGAGAUACCUAGAGACGAAGCGUGCCAAAAUGGGGCACGUCUACAACAUGGAUGUUGGUGGACGAUUUAGAAAUCUGAUCGAUGGGCAUGAAAUAUCCAACGGUAGUUCAGCAUCAAGUGAUGCUGUGGCUUGAGCUAGCAAUGUCGAAAUUCAAAAAGAAAAAAAAAACAGUUGGUUAUCAAAGGUGUUGGAAGUGAAAUGACUGCUGCAGCUGCUGGCUGACUCAUAAGAUAAAAGGCUAACUUGUUCUGAAUAUCAUAACACUGCGUAUUAUAAUUAUUAUUGAUUUGGUUUCAUUUGUCAGGAUUAUUGUUUGAUUAAAUUUGGAACAAUAGAACCAUUGAUGAUCUGUAGAAUGAGUUUACAGUGCUACUCGCUAUGGUUCCUAAGCCGUCACUUACUCCUCUUUUUUAAGCCCCUUUUCCUGUUUGGUUUGUCUGACUGCACCAAAAAUGCCUUUUUUUUUAAAGCUUUUGAUAUAUCCUUUUCUACUAUAAAAGAGAAAAAAAAAAAAUCCCCUCCCAUGUCUCAUUUUCUACUCAUCUAUACAGUGAUUGAAUGCCUCCUCUGGCUCACCGCCUGCCGAGGUCAGUUCUCCUUCCUCCCAUCUAUAGUUUCAUCCCUUCUUUCCUUUUCCUGUGUGGGUUCUGUUUGUUUCUUGAAAAUUUCAUUUUCGGUUUUGCAUUGGAUAGUGUAUUGCCAGAUGUUCAUUUCUCAAUUUCUCUUUUAUGUUCCAGCUAAGUGGGAGUCUUUCACUUCCUCCCAUUUGGACGACGAGGGAAAUCAGCUGAGACAAGGGAGGGUGGCCAUUCUGGAAAGCGUCACACUAGAGAGUUCACUACCAUUUUCCAUAUCUUGGGGAUCUUGGGAAUUCGCAACUCUCUUUGUGCUUGUUCUCUUUCAGGUAAUUUGCUGGCCGUUACCUAUUGUUUUGUUUCAGUUGAUUUCAGUGGUUUCUUUGCAUCUAUGGAGUUUAGAUUUGUCUGGUUCUUGUUGGGAAAUUUUUUGAGUUGAGUUCCGAAUCUUCUUCUUGUACACUUUGUAAUUGUGCAAAUUGUGAAAUCCUUUGUAAUGCUGUGUUGUCGUGUUUAUGCGGCUAUGAAUUGUGUUGUUUAUGGCCAUCAAUUUUGUAGGCAAUGGAACUGUCAGACUCAUUUUUGGUCUGGAAA